UGGAUAUCACAGACCUGGAGUGUAUUUUGUUUAUUUUUUUAGCCUUUUGACUAAAAACCUCAAAUUUUUCCUGUGCUUCUACUACUGAAUCCAAAGGAUGCAGUCCAUCAGAGACUUGAAGUCCAACUUCAGUGGCCCUCCUUCAGCCUCCAUGACUGCUGGCCCUGAUGCCUAUAUUCAGGGUAAUAUCAGGAUCACUCUGGAGGACACUGAACUGUGGAAAACCUUCCAUGAAAUAGGGACAGAGAUGAUCAUCACUAAACCGGGCAGGAGAAUGUUUCCACACUGCAAAGUGAAUCUCUCCGGUCUUAUUCCGUGUGCCAAGUACGUAUUAUUGGUCGACAUGGUCCCUGAGGAUGGUUUCAGGUAUAAGUGGAAUAAAGAGAAAUGGGAGGUUGCAGGAAAAGCGGAGCCUCAGCCUCCCUGCAGAACCUAUGUCCACCCAGACUCUCCAGCUCCGGGGAGUCACUGGAUGAAGCAGUCUGUCUCCUUCCUCAAGCUCAAGCUCACCAAUAACACACUUGACCAGCACGGCCAUAUCAUUCUGCACUCCAUGCAUCGCUACCACCCGCGCUUCCAUGUUGUCCAAGCAGACGACCUGUUCAGCGUCCGCUGGAGCGUUUUCCAGACUUUCACCUUCCCGGAGACUUCCUUCACUGCAGUCACUGCCUACCAGAACACCAAGAUUACAAAGCUGAAGAUUGAUCACAAUCCAUUUGCAAAGGGCUUCCGAGAUGAAGGCAUUAAUAAGAAAAGGCGCGCCAACAAGAACCCAUCAUGCCUUGAGAAAAGAACCAAGACAUCAGACAUUGUGAACCCUGAAGAGGACAGCCCACCAGAUUUCUGCCAAUCUUCGUAUGAUGGUUUUGAUAGAGAGGAAGGAGAGCAGCCCAAAAUGAAAGAAGAGGAUGGCAUCAAAGAGGAGAGUUACUCUCCUUGGGCUGCUGAGAGAGAGCACAGAGUGAGGACUGACUCUCCUGCUGGUGCAGACACACGAGAUCUCUACAGCGCAGAGCAGCUUGUUCCUACCCCAGCUUCCUACCAGUCGUACAGGUUCCACGAGUAUGGAAAGUCCCCAUCCCCCUCCUCCAGCAUUGGCAGCAGCAACAGUGGAUCCGGACGCAGCAGCUUUGAGUCCAGGGUUCCCGAUGUAGCCACGGUCCCCGAUCAUGACUCUUCAAAGCCGCGUGAGGUUGGUCCUUCCAGCUGUGGCCCCCAGCACCUCCCUGGCCCCCAGGACUACACAGGGGUGCUCAACAUGUCCAUGGCCCAAGCCAGCAAGCCAGGGGUUAUCAGUCACCACAUCUACAGCCCCUACAGCACCGAGCAACACCUGGGCCAGUGGAGCGGUCCAGGUCCUUCCCAGUAUCCCCCUCCUCACCAUCUGACCACUGACUACGCAGCGCAAGCUGUGCAUCACAGUUAUCACCAUGGUAACGUGGCCGAGUGGAGCCAGUACCCGCUGUUCUCUUAUUCGUGCUGGUGA